CUCGAACCAGCACUGAAUAUCUCACCAUUUGUUUCAACUAUUACUCUUAUCUCCAGGAGUUCUAAAAGUUCUCCUGGCGUAUAGCACCGCUGAAGCAGUGGUUUCCCAGUGACCAUGUUGACAGGCCAGUGGCGUAAUCGCGUGGGGUACGGCGGGAGCGGGGUAUCCAUCUAAGCCUGAAAGGGCAAGUCCGCCUCUGACGGAAAGACGCAGCUGAUGAGGCAUGUCCGAUAGCGGCCCAUCUAAUUGUCCGGUCAGCUAAAAAGCACAAAGACUGACUCCUUCCUCAGUCUGGAUUUCAGUUUUCAUUUUGUCUUCUUUACAGCAGUUUAGUCCUUGAAUUAAUAUGGCUAUCCUAGUGCACGCACCCAAGCCGCGGGUCCUGAUCCCUGAGAAGGUGUCUCCGGAUGGCUUAGCUUUGUUGAAAGGCCAGUUUGAGGUAGAUGAAAAGAAGGGUUUGAGCCCGGAAGAGCUGAAAAGCAUCAUCGGCAACUACGAGGCGCUCAUUGUACGCUCAGAGACUAAAGUUACAGCAGAGCUGCUUACUGCUGCCACCAAGCUUAAAGUUGUUGCCAGGGCUGGUGUAGGUGUCGAUAAUGUAGAUGUCCAGAGUGCUACGAAGCAAGGAAUCAUUGUUGUGAACUCUCCUUCCGGAAAUAUCAAUGCUGCGGCAGAACAUACCAUUGCUCUCAUGAUGGCGGUAUCUCGCAACAUCGGUGACGCAGAUGCUAGUCUCAAAUCUGGGAAAUGGGAACGAAGUCGUCUUGUGGGCGUUGAAGCGAAAGGAAAGACGCUAGCCAUUGUUGGUUUGGGCAAAGUCGGUCUUACAGUUGCCCGAAUUGCGAAUGGUUUUGGCAUGCGCCUAAUUGCAUACGAUCCAUAUGCCAACCCAAACUUGGCCGCCGCUGCAUCUGUCACUCUGAAGCCCAGUCUCCUAGAUAUUCUGAAGGAAGCUGAUUUCUUGACGCUGCACACCCCGCUCAUUGCCUCGACAAGAGGUAUGAUCGGAGCUGCAGAAUUGGCCACGAUGAAAUCAACUGCCAGGAUAUUGAACGUAGCAAGAGGAGGCAUGAUCGAUGAAACCGCUCUUCUUGAGGCCCUCACUGCCGGAACAAUAGCUGGCGCUGGUAUCGAUGUCUGGACGUCGGAGCCGCCUGAACCUGAAUCCCCAGCAACUCGUCUUAUCGCACAUCCGAAAGUCGUUUCUACACCCCAUCUUGGUGCUUCGACCAAGGAGGCGCAGGAAAAUGUCUCGAUUGAUGUUUGCGAGCAGGUCGUUUCGAUCCUGUCCGGAGAGCUUCCUCGAUCAGCCGUGAACGCUCCUAUCAUCCUUCCCGAGGAAUAUAGGACCCUCCAACCUUUCGUAACCCUUGUCGAGAAGAUGGGCUCUCUUUAUACGCAGCACUACAGCUCUCAUUUUACAACAUCGGGGAAAACUGCUCAGCAAUUCCGUACCACAUUCGACAUCACAUACGAGGGUUCAUUAACGAAUCUCAACACAACCAAGCCCCUCUUUGCAGCUCUGGUGAAGGGUCUCCUCACCCCAUUCACCUCUUCAGAUGGCCUCAAUAUCAACAUUGUCAAUGCUGAACUCCUUGCCAAGGAACGUGGAAUUCUGAUCAAUGAGAGCCGAAGCCGCGAGAAUAUAGAAGACAAGCCGUACUCCUCCUUCGUUACGCUCCGCGCUCGGGCUUCCCGGUCUCCAUCACAUCAGCGUACUGGUCUCAGUCGCUCGAAUUCGCCGGCUACCUCAAAAUCCAUUAAGCCCCAAGAGCAGGAGGAUCAGGUCAUUCAGGGUUUCGUGUCUGCGAACAAGUCUUACAUUUCGCGGUUGGAUCGAUUCAAAGGCGAAUUUGUUGCACGUGGUACCCUCCUCAUUUGUAGAAACUUUGACUCCUGCGGGAAGAUUGGCUUCGUGGGCUCGGUACUUGGCAAGGCGGGCGUGAAUAUCAAGUCCAUGAGCGUUGCGCCGCUGCAUGAGGAGGCUGAAGAGGUGGACGGAGACGUAGAAGGUAACGAGGCUCUAAUGAUAUUAGGUGUUGAUAAGCCAGUUGACGAGAGUGUCGUUAAAAGGUUGAUUGGGGAGCAGGGUGUGUUAGAGGCCAACGUUGUUACUCUCUAAGUGGCGCUGGGUGUUUCUGGACGAAGGCGCUCGUGGCUCAUCUGGC